GCUCACUAUACAGUCCAAGCCAGCCCACCAAACAGGGUUUAGGGUUUAAGAGAGAGAGAGAGAGAGAGAGGUUCUGAGCUGAGGUUUCGUUUUUUCUUUAAAUCAGCACCGCCAUUUCCAUUUUCCCUGCUAGGGGUUUCUGAUUUGCUUACUGUCGCCAUGUGGGCUCUUCGUCGUGCUUCUCUUCCUCUCAGGAGCCAAGCAUUUAACAUAAGAAGUUCUCGUGCAUGUUGUGCUAAUUUGGAGCUACCAAUCACCUAUGGACAAGAGGAUGCUUGUUUCCAUGAGUCCUGUAAAUCAAUGCCUGAUGGAUGCCUGUCAUCCAAGAGAUUAUACUACACAACACAAGUUUCUUGGAACUUCUCAGUGGAUAGACGCAGCUUUUCUUCACAAGCUGGUGCAGAAAGCAGUGGAGAGAAAGAUGACUUGGAAGAUGGGUUUUCUGAACUAGAAGCACUACCUAGUGCUGAGGCUUCCCAACAUGAAGAUGAAUUAAUUUCUGAACCAGAACUCUCUGAAGAUGAAGAAGAAGUUGAGCCUUCUCAACAUGAGUUGGAGUUGUCAGAGAAUGGGGCUGAUUCAAUUGAGAAAAGAUCACCAAGGAAAAGGAAUGUUUCAGAACUGUUUAAGGCCAUUUUAGCUUUCCCAGGGUUCUCUGUUCAUGGAGCUCUUGAUAAGUGGGUUAAAGCAGGAAAUGAUCUAAAUAGGGCAGAGAUAUCGCUGGCCAUGUUCAAUUUUCGCAAGCGUCAAAUGUUUGGGAGGGCAUUACAGCUUUCAGAGUGGUUGGAGGAACAUAAGCAGAUUGAAUUUGUUGAAAGAGAUUAUGCAUCUCGCGUUGACUUAAUUGCCAAAGUACGUGGCCUCUAUAAGGCAGAGAAAUACAUUGAGACAAUCCCAGCAUCCUUUAGAGGUGAGGUAAUUUACCGAACCCUGUUGGCAUACGCUGUCUCUACCCACAAUUUGAAGAAAUCUGAAGAAAUUUUCAACAAAAUGAAGGACCUGGAAUUCCCAGUCACACCAUUUACUUGCAACCAGUUGCUACUCCUCUACAAGAGGCUUGACAAGAAGAAAAUGGCAGAUGUAUUACUGUUAAUGGAGAAAGAAAAUGUCAAGCCGACGGCCUUUACUUAUAAACUCUUAAUAGAUACCAAAGGCCAGUCCAAUGACAUGACUGGAAUGGAUCAAGUUUAUGAGACAAUGAAGGCUGAAGGAUGUGAGCCAGACAUCACUGUAAAAGCCAUCUUGGCUAAGCACUAUGCUGCUGGCGGGCUUAAAGAAAAAGCUGAGGCAGUUUUGAAAGAUAUGGAAGGCGGAAACUUAAAAGAGAACCGUUGGGCUUGUCAAGCUUUGCUUCCUCUUUAUGCUGAGUUGGGACAGGUUGAUGAAGUAGAGAGAGUUUGGAAGGUCUGUGAGUCAAAUCCUCGGCUUCAAGAGUUCAUGGCUGCAAUUAAAGCUUGGGGAAUGUUGAAUAAAAUUGAAGAAGCAGAGGCAGUUUUUGAGAAGAUGUCAAAUACAUUUAAGAAACUUUCUUCAAGGCAUUAUUAUGUGCUUUUGAAGGUCUACGCAAAUGGAAAGAAGCUCACUAAGGGUAAAGAUCUUGUUAAGCGUAUGGCAGAUAACAAAUGUGACAUCGGCCCGUUAACUUGGGAUGCACUUGUGAAACUCUAUGUGGAAGCAGGUGAGCUUGAAAAGGCUGACUCUAUGUUGCAGAAGGCUGCCCAGACGAACCGGAAGAAGCCACUGUUCAAUUCUUACAUGACCAUUAUGGAGCAAUAUUCAAAGAAAGGUGACACCCAUAACGCUGAAAAGAUGUUUUAUAGGAUGAGACAGGCUGGUUAUGUGGCUCGAGUUCGUCAGUUCCAAACUCUAAUUCAGGCCUAUAUAAAUGCCAAAACUUCACCUUAUGGAAUCUGGGAGAGGAUGAAGGCAGAUAAUAUAUUUCCCAACAAAUCUUUACUGGCACAGCUGGCACAAGUUGAUCCGUUUAAGAAGACAGCGGCGUCUGAUUUGCUUGAUUGAGGAAUUUGAUGGCUCCUCUUGGUAUCCAGUAGUUUACCAUAGAUGUGUACCUUGAAUCCUUGAUCUGUGAGGCAACUAUCUACAGUAAAUUUGUAGGUUCAGCAUAUAAGGUUUUAAAUUGUCUUUUCUAUCUAUUUCAAUCUUAUAUUCGGAAACUAGUUUUUCCAUGUUGGAGGAUCAUUUUAAUGUAAGGCAAAACCUUGUGGCUAUUUAGCGAUGUUGAGCUUGAGUUUGACCA